GAGACACUGUGGCAGAAGGGUGGUGCGGCGGCCACUCCGCUCCUCUACUGCGCUACACCUCGCCCGGGAUGUACGUCAUGUGGUGUUUCCUACGCGGGAUAACAGUGGGUGUGCAAGGGGAGUGUUGCAAGAGGCAAAUUGAACCCGGUGGUUGUGCAAUGCGGAGUCACUGUGAGGUGGAGGGGGGUCGCGCGCCCUCCCAAAAUCGUGGCCACCACCACCAUGUUGUGUGCGAGGGGCGGAAGUGUUGGUGGGCAGGGGAGGGAGGCCUUGUGUCUUGGCCCUAACUCUCGCACUCUCCCACCCACCGCCACAUGAACCACUGCACGUUUCUACCCACUGACGCACCUCUCGCACGCCGGAGGGGAAGGCCAGAACUUGCGAUAAGGAAGAGUAGUGGCAAGCAGUGCACCACUAGGCCUACGUAUUUGACGAUGGCUGCGGUGGUGGGCCAUGGCGGCGGGCGGUGGCAAGAGCUACGCAGGCCCACCUUCUUACCAUCUGAGUCAGCCGCCCCCCACCACCCCCCCUAUCCUCCCACCCCCGGCCAGGCCUAUGCCACCACCCCCGUACACUAGUGACGGAACAAUAAUGGUAGCCACAGUGGGUGAUAAUGUAGUCAGUGUACGUGUGUGCCUCACCACGUGGGUACUGUACACGCCGCCAACUACCACCACUACUACCACCAGCAGCCACGCCCCAUACAGACAGAUGGUGGCUCGCAGUAUACAGGAAACACUCCGGGCGGUGGUGGGAGUACCUGAAGACGUCCACUCCGUCUUGGACAUCAUGACUACCCUCUCCGCUAAUGAUGAGGCGGCAGUGCGGACCGAGUUAAUGGAACAAGUGCCUCAGAUAGCUGUCUUGUGCCACGAGUACCCAGACAAUUUGGGUGGUGUGGUCACAACCUAGUUCCCAUGGUGGUUAAGUACCUCACCGACCCAAACAACCAGGUGCGAAAGACGUCCCAGGCAGCUCUCUUGGUGCUGCUGGAACAAGAGUUAGUGAGUAGGGAGGAUGUGGAUGACCAGGUGUGUCCCGUUAUACUGCGGCUCACCAACACCGACGCCAUGGAUGACUUCAAGACGGAGGCUGUGGCGCUCAUGUCCAAGAUGGCGCCGCUGAUCGGGAGAGAGAUGACUGAGCGACUCUUCCUGGAGAGGUUCACCCGCCUGUGUUCCGACGCGCUCUUCCAGGUCCGCAAAGUGUGUGCCUCUAACUUCGGUGACUUCUGCAGCGUAGUGGGCACCCAUCCUACUGAAGACAUCCUGGUGUCAAGGUUCAUGAGUUUGUGUGAGGACGGUGUGUGGGGCGUGAGGAAGGCUUGUGCUGAGGUGUUCAUGGGUGUUUCCUGUGCCUGUUCGCUGUCUACCAGAAAAAACAAACUCUCUCCCGUGUUCGUGUCGCUACUUACUGACCAGAGCAGGUGGGUGCGGGUGGCAGCCUUCCAAAACCUGGGUCCCUUCAUCAGCACCUUCGCGGACGCCAGCGUUACGGGUCUUCACUAUAACGAGGACGGCGUCUUGGUCAUCGGCACCCCGCAGGACCCCUCUAUCUACAGCCAGGAGUUGAACGCAGACACAGUAGUGUUGCCAGAUAGAGGAGACAAUGGUAACAGGGAUGAAGAGUACCACUACCAGCAGCUACAACAAGAGCAAGACAGGGCAAUUGCUGACCACAUCUCUCAUGAUUAUGACCAGCAUCGCCAACAAGCUCAUGAAUGUGAUGAGGCAGGUGUAUGUGAAGGGAGAGGAUGGGAUCAACUGAAGACAGAACCUAUGGAGGUAGAGGAGUGCAGUGGUGUGGCAGAUAGUCAAGUCCCUCAUGAUGUAUAUAACGACCAGAGUGCCGAGGAGAGAAGAGCGCGAGCUUAUCUCUUCUCCAGUAUUGAGUCUGAAGCUCAAACUAAGGUAGAGACUGUAGGCAGCACCUCACAGCUGACAACUGUGACCUCUCAACACACCAGUGAUUCACAAGCUAUCUCUAGCCCACAUACUGAAACUGUACAUACUCCAGUACCUGCCAUACCUCCCAACACAUUACCUAGCCCCAUGGAUGGGGUACAGUCUCAGGGCAACUCUCUGACUGUAUCUGGCACAGAAGGCCACCUCCAUGUACAUUUAGACAACAAUCCUGCCUUUAACACUUUCAAUUACUGGCGUACACCCAUUAUGCCUGUUGAACUACCUAUUCCAAAAAUUGAAGUUGAUAUUGAUAUAAUGGGGAAGACAACCAAUGUGUGUGUCAAAGCAAAAGUUCAGGAGAAUGAUGGCACAUAUCAAUCUCAGGUGAAUUUAACUAUGGCUACAGAUUCUGCAAACCCAAGUGUCACCUUUGUACCUAGCACACACAACAAGCAAAGAACUGAAAAAGAACCGAUCAACACUAUUGAGGCUGAGUUAGAGGCCUUGGCAGCUUCAUUAGAGGGAGUGUCUACGAGGGACAGCAGCAAGUAUGAUAGUUCUGCUGGGGAGAGACAAUCACAUAAGGAUAGUGAGAGUAAAGAUGUUAUAAAAGUUAGUAGUCCACAGCCACAACAAGCUACAUAUGCCCAAGUUUGUGCUGCAUCUGUCACCUCAAUGCAGCUGAAAAAUGAACCCCAGCCUUCUAUAUUAGCUUCACGGCUCACUCAGGCUCAAGUCAGUAUGUCCGGUGGCACUGUGACAGAGAUAAAGAAACGUGAGAUGGAUGUUGUGUCACCCAGUGAUUGUAGCAUGAACAUGCCUGGUGGAAGACCAAGUUUACCUUCACAACCAUCAUUAUUAGCGCAAAGGAUUAUGGAUCCAUUCACUGUGAUGCUUCCUGGAAGUAGUGACCAUAUGUCCUCAGCGAUGUCUGAACAUUCAACAGGGUCCACAGAAUAUAUUAAUCUGAAUCAGGAUAUUGUACCCAAGACAUUACUGGAGCACUAUAUCAGCAUGACAGACCCGAUGAGGGCAGAAACUGUUGACAAUGAACUUACACGCCAUUGUGCUUAUUCAUUACCAGCUGUGGCAUUAACUCUUGGUAGACAAAAUUGGCCAGUUUUAAAGGACACUUACGAAACUUUAGCAGGUGAUGUGCAUUGGAAAGUGCGAAGAACGUUAGCCUUCAGUAUACACGAGCUUGCAGUAAUCCUAGGAGAAGAGAUAGCCCAGAGCGACCUUGUUCCUGUAUUCAAUGGAUUUAUAAAGGACCUCGAUGAGGUUCGCAUUGGUGUACUCAAACAUCUAGCUCACUUUCUUCGUCUUCUUCGACCACAAAAUAGGCGAGACUACUUGCCACGCAUGGAUGAGUUCUUGCGCACUGACAACGAAAACAAUUGGCGCUUCAGGCUGGAAUUGGCCACGCAGCUGGCGGAUAUAAUUGACCUCUUCUCUCCUCAUGACUGCCAAUCCUUCAUUGCACCAAUAGCAUUAGCUCUUAUGGCUGACAAAGUGGUACACAUCAGACACACUUGUUAUACUGUAAUGUGCCAAUUGGUGAGACAGCUAGGUUCAGAGGGUGACCCAAAAUAUGUAGAAACCUUAAGCAAACAGCUAAGAGAGAAGUUUGCUCAAGCUCCAACAUGGUCACACCGCCAGUCAUAUGCCUUUCUAUGUGGCCAACUUGUUGCUGAGCGAUCACUGCCACUCCCAGACUGGUGCCGCCUCUUUCUCCAUGGUCUGCUCACUUUAGCGAGUGACAGGGUGCCCAAUGUUCGCAUUGCUGUUGCCAAAAUGUUGAACACUCACAUUGCAUGUUUAGAAUAUUGCCAGAAUCCUGAAAAUGAAGCAUCACAGAAAGUCCAAGAAGCACUGGAGCAGCUACGACAUGACAAAGACAGAGAUGUUGGCCACUUUGCAUGUUGCCCUGUCAACACAGAAUUCAUGUUGGACCCACAAGACCCAACAUUAUAAUAGAGGUUAUAUUAGCCAUCUUUUACUUCCAAUAUACUUGUGCUUGUUAUAUAACAUCACAGGUUAUGAGAAGCCCUGGUGUUCCGAGUUAUUUGCAGCUAUUUUAGUUGCAUUUCUUCUCAGAUUGAAGUGGGGAACUUCAGGACAGAUUUUUAUUCAUUUCAAAUAGAAAAUGAGCCUUACAAGCAAACCAGUACUGUAUAUAGUUUCAAAGUAACGGAUGAUUUCACAUUGAAAACACUGAUCUUUGAAUCUAUACUCACUAUUUUUCAUUGUUCAUUUUUUAGUAAUAUUUAUAACACAUCUUAGUCACUUUCCUACUGGUGCAUAUAUGUCCCCACCAUAGUGAUUUUAUCGAGGUGCAUGGUAGGCUGUGCAUUAUGGUGGUGACCUCAUUCUUAAUGUCAGCAUCUUACAACAUCAGCAUCUUGCACAUUAUUAUUCCAUUCAGUUAUCACCAUAUUGGCAGGUUUAAUAUUUCAACUUAGCUGAAAUAACACAUGUGCUUCACCUUUGGAAAUAUCUUUUCUUGCAGCCUUUUACUUAUACUGUAUUAUGUUUGAUUACUUUCUGUUGGGAUAAGUUUCAUAACGUGGGUUGUAACAAGUCUUUUAACAAGGUUCCCCCUUAUAUUAUAACCUGCUUUUAAUCCAAGAGAAAUACCUACAUUAUUAUUCCAUCCAAAGCUUCUAAUUCUUGAAAUGUUGAGUAACACACUUGAGUAAUUUAGAAGUUCAAAUUCUUUACUGCAUCACUUCAGGGCUAAAUUCUAUUAUGUGAUUGGUUAUUACAUUGGGAUGAUUGUAGAUGAAGUAGGGAAGUACAAAUAUGUGGGUGUCACUGGUAGUUGGAGUGAUAAUGCUUGUAUGAUUGAUCUUCAGAACUUGUAUUCCUGGGUCAGAAUUGAACCCUGAUUGCAUAGUGAUCUUCCCAUGUAACAAAUGUUAACAUGAUACUGGUCACCGUUUAUAAAUUGUUGACCAAGUCCCUGUGAUAUAACAUACUUGGAAGUUUUGGCAGUUUUUAGUGCGAACUUUGAAGUGGAUUUACUAAAUUAAUUAGUCAUGUUUUUUUUUAUUAAAGGUUUUUAAUUGCAAGUUUCAACAUAGCUAUUUUUACCCAAUCAUAUAUUUUUUAAUAGCUCUGUAUAUUUAAAAAAUUGCUGUCUUUGGUUUAGGCCUAGCGUGUCUUUGUAUUCAGCAAAGUGAGCAGAAUUUCUACUGUGUUUGGAAGAGCCAGUGUUCAGAAUAGUUAAGCAGGUUUUUUUAUUAAUCUGUCUUAGGUAGUUUUCAGUUCAAAAUCUUUAGUUCUUGUUACUUAAUCAUUACACCAAGAGUGUGCCGAAAAGGCUCAAAGUGAACCAUGCCAAAACUUACUACUAUUGCUUUCAGUCUACCUAAUGUACAGUGUUGGACAACUGGGCUCUUUAAUAGUGAUUGCUGAGCUACCUGCUCACAUGUACCAGAGACCUGAUCAGGCUUUAAGAUAUGCUUACAGAUCUGCACUCUUCUGAUAGGCAGUCAUGUAUUCCAGUUUUGUUAAUGACAGUUGCCUCAUUUAUGAAGAUAUGAAAGUUUGUCAGUAUGGAAAUUCAAAUCAUGCUGACUAUAUUCUUUACAUCUUUACAGUGGUCUCUUCAUUGUUGGUUACUCGGAAGAUAUUAAUUUGGUAUGUCGCCAGUCUCCACACAGCCUCUUUACAGAAAUGUUAAUUUUUCAUUUAAACAAUUAUUCACACUUGGCAAUUUCUUCUACUUAAAAUGCAUAUCCUGGUACUACCCUCAUUUUAUUUGACUUACAGAAAAACUGCCCUUAUUUUUGGGUAGUCUUGAAGUUAUGUCUAGAACAAAUACACUCAUUAUGUUCCGGAGUGAGCAUGUGUGAUAAUUUCAUCUUUAAUGCUCCUCUAACCUCCUUGUGGCAAUCUUGUUUUUAUCCUCUUUGGAUCUUGUAUUUCUCUUGGCCUAAUUUUGAUCAUUAUUUAAAAAAGCCAUAUAUUUUUAUGUAUUAUCAUCCUUGAUACAAAUUAAUUGUGCCAUUAUCAUUGUGUGAUUUCACUGACAAACUCAACAAAGGGUUCAAUAUCGGGAAUAUACCUUCACUUAGUCUUCUUUUUAACCUCACUGUAAAUUGUCAUAUUGUACAGGUAUGAAUAAAAUUAUAAUUGAA